GGUGAGGUUCCCAGGCCCGCCCCCAGCUUUCUCCCCUCCCCCUGCUGUGCGGACGUGUCGGCGUGAUGACGAGACACCUGUGACGUCACAAGGGGCGGGGCGAGCCAGGUCUGACUGCCUGGAUCCGCGGCUGGGAGGCAGAAUUGGUCAGUCGCUGCCUGGGGCUGGAGCUUAGUGCACACUCUCUCGAUCUGCCGGCCUCCUUCCCACCUCACCCGGCCACCCUCCCCCCAGUCUCUCCUCGGAUCCCUUGGCACGCUCGCGGACCCGGUGGCCCGGCGCGUGUGUGUGCGUGUGUGUGUGUGUGUGUGUGUGUGUGUGCGCCCGCGCGCGCCCAGGGCUGGAGGUCGGCUCACGAGCCGAGCAGCGCGGAGCCUGCUCUUCCCGGCUUUCUUUUUUACAAGGCGGGGCGUUUGCAGCGAGCGCUCCUUUUACUCCCUUCCAUUAAGUGGGUAGCUGCGGGUGCGUUGGCCCGAGUCGGGCCGUGUGGUCCGGGGUGCCCCUUUUUCGUGGCUCCUUCCGUUUUUUUGCAGCUUCGAUCGCUCCUCUUUUUUUUUCUUUGGGGGAAGCCCGGGUGGGUUGAUUAGACGGCCGCCGUCCGCCCCCGCCCCCCAGGGCUUCUUUGUAGCCUCUAGGCCGCCUAAGGUCGAGCCUCGCCUGUCCUCCCCCCGCCCCCUGCCCCCGAGGGGUGGGAUGCUUUGUCCUCUAACCGGGUCACAGCCGUAGCAGCAGCCGCCACCACCGUCGCCGCCGCACCUGCAGCCGCUCUCAAUAUGAAUGGGGCGAACGACCCGCACUUCUUUAUAAAAGAUAUUAAGCCCGGACUGAAAAACUUAAAUGUCGUCUUUAUUGUCCUGGAGAUAGGACGAGUGACCAAAACCAAAGACGGCCACGAAGUACGAUCGUGCAAAGUAGCAGAUAAGACGGGAAGCAUCACUAUUUCGGUAUGGGAUGAAAUCGGAGGUCUUAUCCAGCCCGGGGAUAUCAUUCGAUUAACCCGAGGAUAUGCAUCCAUGUGGAAAGGAUGUCUGACUCUUUACACAGGAAGAGGAGGUGAACUUCAGAAAAUUGGGGAAUUUUGUAUGGUAUACUCAGAAGUGCCAAACUUCAGUGAACCUAACCCAGACUAUCUUGGACAGCAGAACAAAGUGGCACAUGGUGAACAAAAAAAUAAUUCUUCAGCAAGUAAUAUGGGUACAGGUACAUUUGGGCCAGUAGGAAAUGGUGUACAAACUGGACCUGAAUCAGGGCGAUUUCCAUUUUCAUAUAAUCAUGCCCACUCCUAUGCAGGUACUGGGAGAGCCAAUGGACGAGGACCUGUAAACCCACAGCUACCAGCAACAGCUAAUGUUCAGCCAGUUGUGACCACAAUAAGUAAUGGGAGGGACCCCCGGAGAGCCUUUAAAAGAUGACCUAUGCCAAAUGUUCACAUACAGCUUGCCUAAACUACAUGAUGCCCUACUUGAACACUUAUUGCACUUUUAUUUAUGGUUAUCUGUGAAAAGUUUGUCCUUUAUUGGUAUGUUUUCAUGUUUUGGUUUGUUGAGACAAGUGAUUUGUUUUAUGAUGAUGCAAUUAAGCUGCUUAAAUGCCAUCUGAAAGAAUGGUCUAUAAUGGAGGGAAAAUAGUUUGGAACAAAAAAAAAGCAAAAAGCCCCACCCAUCAACUGCACUCCACAUGGGUGUAUGGGUCAGCUUUAAUAGCCUCUAUGAGUCUAUCCUCUGUAUAAACUUUGUAACUCCUAUUUGAUUUAAUGAGAGGUGGCUUUUUUUUUUUGUCAAAUACAGAAGUUGCCAAUUAAAGCAAUAACUUCCAAAAAAUUGGUUAAAAGAUAGCAAAUGGUUAAAUGUCUUGUGACUUCAAGAAAGAUUGAUUUUUCUGACAUAAUUCAUGUUACUGCCAUUAAGAUAUUUCCAGUGAUUGAACAAUCUUAGGCUGAUCUUUUAUUACCUGAAACAGGCUAGCAGAGUUAUGAAAUAUAGCAUAUUAAUGAUAUAUAUUAUAGCAGGUAAUUUUAUUUUUAAAACUACAUUUAUUUUAUUUUGGGGCAGGGCUCUCAAAGAUUCUUUGGCUUAAUGUUAUUAAAGGAAGAUUUAAAAUUGUCCCUUAAGUAUUAUUUUUUUCAAAGCCAUUUUCAAAGUCAUCCCUUUUAAAAUGUUUUAGAAUUUUAAAACUUAAGUCUUUAAGAACAUUAAGUCUGACUAUUGUGUAUUUAAUGAGGUUAUGGGGAAAUUGAACAGAAUUCAGGUGGACAUCUGCAAACCUAAUUAUAAUUUAAUAAGAUGCUUACUGUCAAACUACUACAGUUUUAACAUGAAAAAUACUUGAUGUGGAUUGAAGUUCCUAGAAACUUCUUCCAAAGAGUUUGUGUCAGACAACUUAUUUUAAAAAUAGAAAUUUCGUCAUCAACUUCUAAAGAGUUUCUGGAGAAAAUUCACAAUGCUUUGUCUAUCAGCCAAAGGUACAGGAAUGCAUCUGGUAGAACUGAGUGUAGCUUUAUUCAAAAUUGCUUGGAAAGUGGAUUUUAUUUUCACUUGAUAAAUGAUUUCCAUUCAGUUCCACCGUUUAUUGUAGGGUGGAUUACUAGUGAAUUUUUUAUUUGUUAGACUUAUUCUUAAAGUUGACCCUUUGAAUAAAACUUGCACUAAUGUUAAAAAACCUAUCUAAUUCUUUGUCCAGCCUUAAAUGUGAUGUUGUAGAGAAAAAUUGUAUGCCAUCCACAUCUUACAUGAUUACUUAAAAAUAUUUUAAAAAAUGAUCUUCCCUGUGGAGCAAACCCCACGUAAGGGUUAUAAUCUCUAGGCUUGCUUUCUUGACAGACAUUGGUAAAGACUAUAUUAUUGUGGGUAUGUUGCUUUUUCUCUUCUCUUUAAAUCACAGUGCUUAUCUUUCCUGAAAACUACAUAGCAUUUGGAUUGGGGAGAUUGAUGUCCUGAAAUUUUUUCCUUUGCCUUGGUUAUAGAAUCUUUCAUAUUUAUUUUUGGUGUAGAGAUAAGUUUUUCAUAGCUUUGUUGUUAGAAGUUCAUAAAAAUAAUCAAAGUAUGAAAGCUGCUGCUUUGUCCUCAAGAUCGUGCUGAAGGUGGUGCCAUUUUCAUGAUUGGUGUUCAUCUUAGGAUUUGUGUUGAGGUCGACAAUGAUGUCUGUGUCUGAAAGAUUAUUUAAUGUAUGUAAUUUCCUGGUAUACUUUAUGGUAAUGGAUCUUUUAAAACAUUAAUGAAUUCCUGCUACAUAAUGAAAUGAUAAAAGGAAGAGGUUGUUUAAUCUAAACAUGCAAGCUUAUUUCUAAAUCUAUUCCUUCCUUUUAAUAAGCAAAAUCCAACCAGAUUGCCCAACCAAACUUCUUUUUUUCAACUUUCCUAAGGUACUUUUUAGUUGUUCAUUUUUUAAUAAUUGAGAUUUGGGUUAUCUUAUUUUUAUCAUUCUGUUUUUUUCCUAAGAACUUUGCAUUUCAGAUGCACUUCAGAUGAAGAAAGCAAAACCAUUUGGUAUGAAGCAGUGAUGUAAAGUUCCCACCUCCCCCAUCUCAUUUCCCCCCCCUUGAAUGAAUGGCCUCUAUGUAAAUUAUCUUUCUGUUCUAACAGAGACACAUGCAAAAAGUUGUUUGGGAGGAUAUUUUUUUCACUUUUAAGUAAUGUUAACAAAUAAUUCCAAAGAAAAGUAAAGAUAUUCACUUUAAAAAAGGAACUAGAAAUAUUAAACAUCUUAUUCCUUUACCCACUUGGGUACAUUAGCUUUCAUGUAGUAGGCAUUAGAAAACAAAGGAUGUAGGGGGAAGGCUAAAUUUGACAGUAUUUGCACACUUGCUAUAAAUGUACUGUGGUUUUUAUUGGGAACAAUAUGUCUGCUUCUUUUGAGGUUAGUGAUAUUCUUGUUUUACCAUUGUUCUCUUUUUUCAGUGCCGUUUAUUAAUGAAUCUCUUUUCUCUUAAGGAAAGACCCUCCAAUACCAAAGCAAGUGACUUACAAUCUCUAGUGACCUACAUUUAUCUAACCAGUCUAGUCUACUUGGGCAACACUCAUCAAGAAGUCAGAGGAAGAAUAUUUUUCUGUUUUCCCCUCACUCCAUUUUUCACCUAACAACUUAAUUUUUUAAAAGAUCAUGUAAGAUGGAAAUAUUAACAUCUACUGGAAAAGUCACUGGAUUGAGUUCCCCACAUAAUUUCUACAUCAUGGUUAAUUCUGAAGUGGAUUGAAGUCUCCUCAGAAGAACCAACUUGUUAUGGCUUAUGCCUCUGCCCUGGGCAUGGUGGGGGUAGGGAUGGGUGGUGGGUGUUGCAAUUUGGGAAAGUGAAAGAUGAACAGAGAAACACAGAUGAAAUGCAUUUUGCACAGUUGGUACCUAAGCACUCUAGCAUUACCCUGUUAUUUCUCUGCUGUUCCUGUUUGUAGCUUUACCACUAAAGGCUUAGAGUUCACACAGGAUGUAAUUUAUAUGUUAAAAGUAUUAGAAAAGUAUGAAUACAUGUGCAAAGGAAAGAGAAAACAUUUUCAUUCACAAGGAAUUAGACAGAUACACAUAGAUUUUUCCCUCGUAGUUUAUAGUUAAGCCCAGUAAUAGCCCCUGGCCAUUUGAACAGGUCCAUCACUUAAGGGCCUGUUUGUAAGGCAGAUUGACUAUUAACCUGUUGUACUCAAUAGUCAUCAUUAGUAAGACCAUAAGUUACCUAUUGUGGUAUAUUUUUUUGUGCAACUGGAGCCAUCAAUUAGGCUGUUGAAGUUUCAGUCACAUAUAAUAUACUAUGAGAGAAAAGUAGAAAUGCAAUGAACAAGUCAUUUUUGACAAACAUAG